ACCUGAGCGAGCGCGCCGACUGGCAGUACUCGCAGCGCGAGCUGGACGCCGUCGAGGUCUUCUUCUCGCGCACGGCCCGGGACAACCGGCUCGGCUGCAUGUUCGUGCGCUGCGCGCCCUCCAGCCGCUACACGCUGCUCUUCUCGCACGGCAACGCCGUGGACCUGGGCCAGAUGUGCAGCUUCUACAUCGGCCUCGGCUCGCGCAUCAACUGCAACAUCUUCUCCUACGACUACUCGGGCUACGGCGUCAGCUCGGGCAAGCCCUCCGAGAAGAACCUCUACGCCGACAUCGACGCCGCGUGGCAGGCGCUGCGCACCCGGUACGGCGUAAGUCCUGAGAACAUCAUCCUGUACGGUCAGAGCAUCGGGACCGUGCCCACAGUCGACCUGGCCUCGCGGUACGAGUGCGCAGCCGUGAUCCUCCACUCACCUCUGAUGUCUGGUUUGCGCGUGGCUUUUCCCGACACCAGGAAAACCUACUGCUUCGAUGCGUUCCCCAGUAUUGACAAGAUAUCUAAAGUCACCUCUCCUGUGCUGGUCAUUCAUGGGACAGAGGACGAGGUCAUCGAUUUCUCACAUGGCCUGGCGAUGUAUGAGCGCUGUCCCCGCGCCGUGGAGCCCCUCUGGGUUGAAGGGGCCGGGCAUAAUGACAUAGAGCUUUAUGCACAGUACCUAGAAAGACUAAAACAGUUCAUAUCUCAUGAACUUCCUAAUUCCUGAAGAAGACAACUUGAUCUUAUCUCAUUUACUGUGAACACAAGAGGCCUCUGUUUUGCACAUGCGUUAACUGGAUAGCUGUACUGGUGUGAUCACCACGAGGAAGUGCCCGGCUUCAGGGUGUUCUAAUCAAGAGCUGAGGAAAUCUCAGUCUUUCGUAUCUAGAGGUCGUUCCACUAACUCACCCGUGUUAAACUGAACAGGCGUCAUUUCCAGCUUCCUCUCCUUGCAGGCAUGGGGACAAGAGCUGCUUGUGGGACAGUCUCCUCCUGCUAUGUAAAGGAUGCUCACGUUGGUUUCUCUGUCUUCCGCCUUAUCCAUGACUCAUGUAUGCAGGACUGGAGCCUCUCUCUACCAGCGUUCUCAGUAUUUGAUAUGCAGCUCUCUCUCAGCCACUGGAUUUAUGGGCUCAAUCCAUUUGUGAAGCUGUGAUAGUGUAACUGGAAAACUAUUGUGAUGAAAAUUCUUUUGUUAAUUUUCCUUAACAUGCCGAUCUUUCCCCCAAACAAAUCAGUUGAAGGGUAAUUUACUAAAACUGUCAUGGACAGCCUCAUCAGCUGGAACCGUAUAAAUAUAACUGGAGUAUUCUUAAACAAAAGGAAACUGGGUUUUUUUUUUUAAGUGUAAAUUUAUUACUAGUCAACAGAGUUUUAAUAUUUUGAUUGUCUGGUUGAUCUAACAAAAAGCCUAGCUGACUUUCUUUCUGUAAAGUCCUCUUGUAGGCUAUUUUAAAGUCCUGUACAUAUUUGCAGUUCCAUUGUGCAUAGAUUCUUAAUGGGUAAUUUUCUUUGGUCAGGCUACAAGAACAAACUGCGGACUCCUUGUUUGUAAUGUAAAUGAUUGAAUACAUUUUGUUAAUAUGUUUUUAUUCCUAUGUUUUGCUAUUAAAAAAUUUUAUAACAUUUCCAAGACAAAAAAUUACAAGUUUAUGCUUUGAAGAAUUUAUGUAAUUAAAAUUUCACUAAACUAAUCUUUUUAGUUUAGGAGUUAUUUGGGUUUUGACACUGGAGUUGCGCCAAAUAAGCAUCAGAAAUGUGAGAUGCUUAAAAUUGCUACGCUCGUCAUGUUGAUUGGGGGUUUGGGCUUGAGGGUUCUUUGGUUAUAUUUAAAAUUUUUUUUUCAAAUUUAAAAGCCUUAAAUGUACUGUAAGCCUCAGAUGGUUGUACAGCUGGACUGCGUUUGACUGUCAGCUUGUGCACUGUUGCCUGGAUGCGGCACAGCGCUGGGUCAUGGAAUAAAGGAUGCAUGGACCAGAA